AUGUCCGAGCGAAAGGUCUUGACCAAGUACUAUCCUCCCGACUUUGACCCGUCGGCGAUCGGGCGCACGCCCAAGCACCUUCGCCAGAAGGGUCCGAAGGUCAUCACGGUCCGAUUGAUGGCACCGUUUCCCAUGAAAUGCACCAACUGCGGCGAGUACAUCUACCGUGGGCGCAAGUUCAAUGCUCGCAAGCAAACCCUCGAAGAGAAAUACCUCAAUAUUCCGAUCUACCGGUUCUUCAUUCGAUGCACGCGAUGCAGCGGUGAGAUCACAUUCCGCACGGAUCCUAAGAACAUGGACUAUGAGUGCGAGAAAGGAGCCAAGCGAAACUUCGAGCCAUGGCGAGACUCCAAGUCCGGCAAGUACAACGAGACGGAAGAGGAAACGCUCGAUCGACUAGAGCGCGAGGAAAAUGAACAUGAGGAACAGUUGGAGCGGGACAAGAUGGAGGAGCUUGAGGAGAAGAUGAAGGAUUCGAAACGGGAGAUGGCGAUUGCAGAUGCACUUGAUGAGAUCCGGACACGAAAUGCGCGCAUCGCACGUCACGAGGGGAAGGAUGACGAGGCCGCGUUGGAUAGCAUCCACAACGAGGUGGAUGAGGCAAAGCUGCAACAAGAGAAAGAGGACGAGGAAGCCGCUCGAAGAGCUUUCAUGACAGCUUCUGGCGAGAGGGUGAAGCGUGUCGUGGAGGAGGAACCGACCCCGCCUGGGCCGUCGCAAACGAAGGCUGCACAGGUUCAAAUGCCGCCGCCGUCGACAUCGUUCGCCCGAGUCAAAAAGGCGAAGAAGCCUGGUGUCACCAGCUUGGGUAUCAAGAAAAAGGCGUCCCUGGUUUGA